UGCAUGAUGUACACACACAACACACCAUCGUUUUCUCUCUCUGAUCUCUAUCCAUCUGGCUUGUGUUAUGAGCUGUUGAUAUGCCUCCACCCCACCAGAAAAUACAAAAACCAUUGCAACCACCAAAACGCAGAGCAAGGGCAACAUAAAAAAGCAAGAUAAUUCUACACACAAUCUCAUCACUCAUUCACUCUCCAUUUCACUUCUUAUUGGUAAUGUGCAGAGGCUGCGAGUGAGUUUACAUUGUAAAUGCGUUGAUCACGAAACCUCCAUCGACAGCACCAGAAAAAAUGCGCCAAGAAGUUGUACAGGAGGGCAGGAGCAAAACCCCAGAAGCGGAGAGAGAGAUUUACAGGGUAAAAGCCGGGAACCGAAGAGUUACGCCGAGCCAGGAGGAAUCGGAAGUAAGUAGCAGGAGGGUGGAGAAGCGGUUGCCCAGCGGUGACGUCUACAUGGGGAGCUUCUCGGGCAACGCGCCUAGCGGAUCGGGGAAGUAUCUGUGGAGAGACGGGUGUAUGUACGAGGGUGAGUGGAAGAAAGGGAAGGCGUGCGGGAAGGGGAAGUUUUCCUGGCCUUCGGGAGCCACCUACGAGGGUGAAUUCAAAUCGGGUCGGAUGGAGGGGUUUGGGACCUUUACCGGAUCCGAGGGCGAGACGUACUGCGGGUCGUGGAGUUCUGACCGGAAGCAAGGGUACGGGCAGAAGCGUUACGCCAACGGGGACUUCUACGAGGGGUUGUGGAAGCGGAACGUGCAGGAGGGGGAGGGGAGGUACGUGUGGGUAAACGGUAACGAGUACUACGGGGAGUGGAGGAACGGGGUGAUUUGUGGGCGGGGUACGCUGAUUUGGGCCAAUGGGAAUCGGUACGAGGGGCAGUGGGAGAACGGGGUUCCCAAGGGUCAAGGGGUUUUCACUUGGCCCGAUGGGAGCUGCUAUGUUGGGUGCUGGAACAAAGACCUUAAGGUGCACCAGCUUGAUGGAACCUUUUACCCCGGGAGUGCUGAUAAUCUCACUGUCACUAUGAGGAAGAGGUCUUCCGUUGACAGUUCCAGAGCAAGUGGGGUCAAGAGUUUUCCCCGGAUUUGCAUCUGGGAAUCCGAGGGUGACGCGGGGGAUAUAACCUGUGAUAUCAUCGAUAAUGUGUCCUUGUUAUAUCGGGAUGGGAGAGAAUCCGGGUCGGAUCGGGGACUUGUUAAGCCGUUUCGACGGAAUCCUUGUUGUUUUUCCGGUGAGGUGAAGAGACCUGGCCAGACUAUAUCAAAGGGGCAUAAGAAUUAUGAUCUUAUGCUUAAACUGCAACUGGGUAUAAGGUACUCUGUUGGUAAGGAAGCUUCCAUUUCGCGAGGGCUCAAAUCGACCGAUUUUGAACCUAAGGAGAAGUUCUGGAUUAGGUUUCCCUCUGAAGGAUCUAAGAUUACGCCACCGCACCAAUCUGCGGAGUUCCGCUGGAAAGACUACUGCCCUAUGGUUUUUAGACAAUUGAGGAAGCUCUUUCAAGUGGACCCUGCGGAUUACAUGUUGGCCAUAUGUGGGAAUGAUGCCCUCAGGGAGCUUUCUUCUCCGGGGAAAAGUGGAAGCUUUUUCUACUUGACACAGGAUGACAGGUUUAUGAUAAAGACGGUGAAGAAAUCCGAAGUCAAGGUCCUUCUUCGGAUGCUUCGAAGCUAUUACCAACAUGUUUCUAAAUAUGAGAACUCGCUUGUUACAAAGUUCUACGGAGUGCACUGUGUCAAGCCAAUUGGAGGCCAAAAGACACGCUUUAUUGUGAUGGGCAAUCUGUUCUGCUCGGAAUAUCCAAUCCAUAGACGAUUUGACUUGAAAGGAUCUUCCCAUGGCCGCACAAUAGACAAAACCAAGGAGGAAAUUGAUGAAACCACCACCCUUAAGGACCUCGAUCUCAAUUUUGUGUUUCGUCUACAAAAAAAUUGGUUCCAGGAUCUAAUCGAACAAAUUGAGCGGGACUGUGAGUUCUUGGAAGCUGAGGGAAUUAUGGAUUACAGUCUCUUAGUGGGCAUUCAUUUUCGUGAUGAUAAUACAUAUGAAAAAAUGGGAUUGUCACCGUUCCUUUUGCGCACAGGAAAGUGGGAGGAUUCUUAUCAGAGUGAAAAGUUCAUGCGUGGUUAUCGCUUUCUCGAAGCAGAGCUGCAAGAUAGGGAUUGGGUUAAAUCUGGUCGGAGAUCGUUGAUUAGAUUAGGAGCAAAUAUGCCAGUGAGAGCAGAGCGUAUGGCUCGGAGGAGUGAUUUUGAUCAAUACACCCCUUGUUGCAGUGGUGAAACUUACGACGUUGUUUUAUAUUUUGGGAUUAUUGACAUUCUGCAAGGUUAUGAUAUCAGCAAGAAACUGGAGCAUGCUUACAAGUCUUUACAGGUUGACCCGUCAUCAAUCUCAGCCGUUGAUCCAAAGCUCUACUCAAAAAGGUUCCGGGAUUUUGUGGGCAGAAUAUUCAUUGAAGACCGGUGAUAGUGAGUAAAAAAAGUUUUCAUCUGAAGUAUUAAAAAAAUAGCUGACAGAUGACCGUUGGUGGGUGGAGUGGGAGAGCUUGCGGUUGGCGGUGGACCUGUUUCUGCGGCGGUGACCAAGAGAGAUCACCUGAAUGCAGGUUGUUUGCAUGGCUGAAUUUUGAAGAUGCACAGCCAUGAUACUGAAGACAGGGAAAUAGAAAUGAUCUGUCUUUUUUCUCUUGUUUUUCCCCGUGAAAGGGGUUGGGUUUGUGGAUUCUUUUUGUGGUCACAAAUAGGAUAAUGAAUAUGAUGUGAAAAAUUAUAGAUAGAGGAGACUUGAAAGUGUUUCUCAAAAGAUUGGAUUCACAGUGCGUGGAUAGUUUGUUAAUAAAGAAAGUGUACAGUUCAUUCA